UUUUUCCUGGAAAUAUAAACCAACUCGAUGUGAAAGAUGUGUUGCCGUUCCCAUCAGAUUUGGUCAUCAUGAAAAUUACAGGCGAAAAAUUGAUGAAAGCAUUUGAACAUUCUGUUGUAGAAUAUGUUGAACAUGAAUUUAUCGCAUCAUUUUUACAAAUGUCUGGAUUCCGCGUAGUUUUCGAUGUGGCGUUGAAACCUGGCAGUCGCGUUUUGUCGGUAGAAAUUCGCAACUCACAAAAUUUAUAUGAAAAACUCAAUUUGCAAAAGGUUUAUAAUGUUGUUACUUCGGAGUGGUUGAUGAAAAAUGGCGAUGGAUUUACUAUGUUCAAAGACUGUGAAGCGAAAUACUUACAAAUCCCAAUAUUGGAUGCACUAACCAAUCACAUUAAGAAGAGCAAAGUUCUUAAUCCGUCCCCUGUGCAUGAGGGUCGCAUCACAGUGCACAAUGUAUUCCCAUUGAAAAAAGGCGUACCUCCACUCCACGAUAAUAACUGAUUUCAACGAAUUUUUAUACUAAGAAUGUGUCCUGGAAUUGUAUUACCAAAAACGCUACAAAUCAUGCUAAAUAGUUGAAUUAUUGUAGACGAUUUUCGAACCUUCACCUUUCACGCAAUCUCAGACUCCAAAUACCCAAAAUUUUGGCAAUUAAUUGUCUUGAGAAAUAAAAACUGGGAGUAUAAGAAA